CUGGGAGAGUGCGCACGCCGGGUCAUAGAGCCCCCGCCGACGCGCCUCGCUCCUUGGCACUGGGCAGCGCUGUUUACAAGUUGGGGUUUUUUUUUCCCCUGGUCUUUUGGUUUCAGGGCAGAGCUGCUCGGAUUUAACAACUCAGAGACUGGAAGAGGGAGGUGGCAAACAGGAGACCAUACUUUGGGAUGGGGUGGGGCAAGGAGUAAAGUGUGCUAUUUCAAGGGUGGAGAAAGCAUGGAACUUUUGCUUUGCACCAAAUCCCUGUAGGAUGGCGAAUUGGUUUAGUUUAGUUUAGUUUUGUUUUGUUUCUGACGGGAGGGGCGGAGUGUUCUAAAAUGGAGAGAAUUUUCUAAAAGGGGUUUUGGGGGAAGCUGGUCAGGAACCAUGUCCUUAUGCAGGCCUAUGGAAACCUCUUGGGCUUGACUGGCAGGGUAUUUUUCGAACUUCAGUUUGGACCAGUAAUUUUGGCCUCUAGGACGCUGGUGGGCACACACAGCCAGCUUCAGGCCUGUGCCCACGCAUUUUCCAAGAGAAAGUGUUUAGGGAGGAGGGCAAGAUGGUGUGUUUGUGCCUGCUUGGAGGCCGUGGUGUCCAGGGGCUGUGCCGGCAGGCUGUGAUGUUUGUCUGGUGCUGGAGCUGUUCGCUGGUAAAUGGGUAGCUAAGUGCUGGGCGUUGUGUGUCAGCUUUGUGACUUGUCCUCCAGCUCUAGGAUGGCUGGAGUGAGUGUGCCCGACGCCCACCUGUGAGUCCCUCUGUGUCAGGGUGGCACCGGGGUUAUCAGUGCUUCUAUACCCUGUGCGUGCCGGCCUGUGGGACUGUGUGUGUCUCCUAGGUGUGUGCUAGACUGAGUCUGAGUCCAGGCUGCUCAGGUCUGGGCCUCGCAGCUGGGAGCGUUUACAGCCGGUUAUAAAGAGUUUGUUUGAAGCUCCGCUCAGCCUGGCCAGGAAUUUCCUCAAUUUCAGCAAUUUGGGCUUUAAAAGGAGAAACCCCCAGAGCCCACCCUCCUCCUCCACAGCAGGGGCCCCUGCCAAGCCCGGCGCUGCAUCCCCUCGAUGGAGUCUCUCUCUACCCAGGGCUGAAGAGGGUACUGGGUCUGGGAUUGGAUAAGACCCUGCUACCUUUACAGCGCCAUCCACCCAAAGAUUGAGCUGAGUCACUUGGCUGCACUUUAGGGUUCAGGGUGUGGGGGUGUGCCAGAGGGUUGUCAAGAAUGGGUGACAGUACCACUUUAGAUGAGAAAAGCUGCCCCUGGGCCUGUCUCCUUGGGGCCUCCAGUGUUAUAAUUGGCUAGCGCUGCCCCAUGCCAGUCUGACCGCACCCAGGCCCUUGUGCAAGAGAGGAAAUGAAGCAGCGCUCUGCGGGCAGGGAGGGCGUCAGAGUUGCAGAGAGCACCACCCCACACUUAGGCCUGUGAGCAGGACACAGAUGCCCAGAGUGGGCCUGAGAAUGGAGGAGAGGUCCUGAAAGGCAUUCCAGCUCUCCCCACAUCUCUUAGCACCAGCCCUGCUGGACGCUCCCACCUCCUGUCUUGAAGACUCCCGAACCCUUUUCCCCAUCUCUCCUUUCAACGGAGAAUCUUUCUCUGGCAGGAUUCUUAUGCUAAUUGAGCAAGUGUGUGCUGGGGGCUGGGGAGGGCUUUCCUCCUGUAGGGUGGGUGGAGCUGUCAUAGAACCCCCACCUCUGGGCAGUCUUUCACCCUUCUGACUUCCUUAGGGUGGGCUUGUGACCAGGUGGGCUGCAGAGGAUUAGAAGGGAGGAGCUGUUGGUGAGGUAUGCUUGUUGAACACUCCUUAGUGAGCUUCUUAAGAGAUUUCUUGAAAUAACUUGGGCCUUCCCGGUUUGGAUGGCAAGUCCUACAGUUUAAAUAAUGUAUGCACUGCUGAAACCUCUGAAGAUCAGUCCCACAACUCACAUAGGAUUUACUUAGAAGCCUGCUGUAUGCAGCAUGUGUUGUCCAGGCCUACCUGAGACCCUUGUGAACAGAAGUCAGGUAUUUUUCAGAGGCAAUUCAGGAGUGAAGACUAUCUCAGAGAGGGUCCAGAGCUAGGUCCCUUUCCCCACUGUCACCUGACUCUCCAGUUUGCCACCUUCUGAACAGGUUCUAGACCUGAGAACCUGAGCAACUACCUCAGUCUCCCUCCCCCUCAGCCCUUGUCUUCCACAGCCACUGAAGUCUGGUCACAGGACCUAAGAGCCUUGGCUCCACCAUCAGCUGGCAAUGUGGCCCUGAGCCUGGCAUGGCCCCUGCUUUGGCCUCAGUUCCUUCAGCUGUGGAGACACAGAGCACAAGCUCAGAGGAGAUGGUUCCGAGCUCAGAGGAGAUGGUUCCCAGCUCGCCUUCGCCCCCACCGCCUCCUCGGGUCUACAAGCCAUGCUUUGUGUGCAAUGACAAGUCCUCUGGUUACCACUAUGGGGUCAGCUCAUGUGAAGGCUGCAAGGGCUUCUUCCGACGUAGCAUCCAGAAGAACAUGGUGUACACAUGUCAUCGAGAUAAAAACUGUAUCAUCAACAAGGUGACCAGGAAUCGCUGCCAGUACUGCCGGUUACAAAAGUGCUUUGAAGUGGGCAUGUCCAAGGAAGCUGUACGGAAUGACAGGAACAAGAAGAAGAAAGAGGUGAAGGAAGAAGGGUCACCUGACAGCUAUGAGCUGAGCCCACAAUUAGAAGAGCUCAUCACCAAAGUCAGCAAAGCCCAUCAGGAGACCUUCCCCUCACUCUGCCAGCUGGGCAAGUAUACCACGAACUCCAGUGCCGAUCACCGUGUACAGCUGGAUCUGGGGCUGUGGGACAAAUUCAGUGAGCUGGCCACCAAGUGCAUCAUCAAGAUCGUAGAGUUUGCUAAGCGGUUGCCUGGCUUUACAGGGCUCAGCAUUGCUGACCAAAUCACUCUGCUCAAGGCUGCCUGCCUCGACAUCCUGAUGCUGCGGAUCUGCACAAGGUACACCCCAGAGCAGGACACCAUGACCUUCUCUGAUGGCCUGACCCUGAACCGGACCCAGAUGCACAAUGCUGGCUUUGGGCCGCUCACAGACCUCGUCUUUGCCUUUGCUGAGCAGUUGUUGCCACUGGAGAUGGAUGACACAGAGACUGGGCUGCUCAGUGCCAUCUGCCUCAUCUGUGGAGACCGCAUGGACCUAGAGGAACCUGAGAAGGUAGACAAGCUUCAGGAGCCACUGCUGGAAGCCUUGAGGUUAUAUGCCCGGCGCCGGCGCCCCAGCCAGCCCUACAUGUUCCCAAGGAUGCUCAUGAAGAUCACCGACCUCCGAGGCAUCAGCACCAAGGGUGCAGAAAGGGCCAUUACUCUGAAGAUGGAGAUUCCAGGCCCGAUGCCCCCGCUGAUCCGAGAAAUGCUGGAGAACCCUGAAAUGUUUGAGGACGACUCCUCACAGCCUGGCCCCCACCCCAAGGCCUCCAGUGAGGAUGAGGCCCCCAGGGGCCAGAGCAAAGGGAGCCGGAGCCCCCAGCCUGACUAGGGCCCCUGACCUCCUCCGACGUGGGGUUGGGCUCCAGGCAGCAGACUGACCAUCUCCUGGACACCACCAGUGACUGGGGGAGGACCUGCUCUGCCCUCUCCCCACCCUUCCAGCAAGCUCCUUGUUUUGCCAAAGUUUCCGGGGGUGCCUCUGUGUUUAUCCCUUCCUGCUCCUACGGUUCCACUCCAGUCCUGGGAGCCUGCUCUGCUCCCACCGGGAGAAAGGGUGGAGGGGUGAGCCUGGGUCUGAACUGUAAAAUCUCAGCACUGCCCCUCAGAUACCAGGGACCCAGGCUCCCCAGGGUAGGAGGAAGGCCCUGUCAUCCCAUAGCCCCUUCCUCUGCUGGGUGCUUGGGCCUCUGGGAGCAAACAGGAACACUAGAGACCACAACGGGGGCCCAGGUGGGCUGAGCCCACACUCUUGCCCCUGCCCUUGGUGCCUAAAGCUGUGAUGCACCUGUUGGUGCACGUUGCCCUCGUGCCCAGUUCUCACACCAGGUCAGGGUGGGGGCAGGCUGGGCCCUGCAUUUCUGAAGUGACACUUGAGGAUGAAAGGGACAGAUGCAGGUCCAUUCUGCACCUCUUUGCUGGGGUGCAGUGUUUACCCAGGCCUUCCGUUAUAAGCCCCUCCCCAGCCUUGUCAAGUGCCUUGGGCUCCUCCUGACCCCCAUCUCAGCCAUCAGGCAGGGACCCUCUACACUACAGAAGGGCCAAGGAUCCCUCUCCUCCUAGUGCCUUCUACCCUUAUCCCCCAGAGCAGCUUGGCCCAGGAGGGGAGUUGCUGCUUAGCUGAUCCCACCCUGACCCGGAGGAAGCCUCUAUUUAUUUAUUAGCUUUUGUUUACACCCUGGAAUGACCCCUUUUUCUAGGGGUCUUGGGAGGGGGACCCCAGGACCUCUGUGACUCCUCCCUCCAAUCCUCAGUUUGUAUUUAGCUGCCAAAUAAGAUUCCCGCUGGCUCCCCUUUUCCUCUGGGGGGUCAGGGUGCUGUCCCCACCCCUCUGUUUACAUCUCCCCUCCAUCCUUCUGUAUCGCGUCUGCAUAUUGCUGAGUUUUCUAUUUUUGCAAAAUAAAGUGAUGGAAACUCC